AUGUCGAUGACGUUUGAGACGCGAGAGGCGUGCGAUGCGGAUCGAAUCGUCGAGGCGCUGGCGCGCGUGGUGGUGGACGACGGCGCGCUGGGCGCGGAGGGGGAGACGCCGAGCGAUUUUGAGGCGCGCGUGACGACGAUGAAGGCGGACGUGGCGGCGCAACUGGACGAGGCGAAGAAAAUGUACGAAGAGAGGGCGAGGACGGGAGGCGCGCCGCGACGAUUGACGCUGCGAGAGAUGGAUAGGAAGAUGAGCUUCAGGGACGUCGCGAACGCGGUACGCGCGGACGCGGGAGCGUUCAAUUGGUACCUGGUUCGCGGAGACGCGAACGGCGCUUCGGAGGUGUUUAACGCCGGCGGCGGGAGCUUGGACGAGAUGAAGAAAUCGUUGGCGUCCGACGAGGUGUUUUUCGGGCUUCUGCGCAUGGGUUUCGGGCGCGGCGCGUUUCGGCGCGUGAAGCACAUAUUCAUUCACUGGUCCGGCGCCGACGUCAAUCCUUUGAAACGCGGCCAACACAACGCGAAUGAGGAGGCGAUUCGCAAACUCGUCGGACCGGUGAAUCUGAGCCACUUCGCGACUGAGAUGGAUGAGAUGAAUCUAAACGAUUUACUCGACAAGGUGAAAACUAAGGUGGUGCUGGACGGCGAGGCAAUCGACGAUGUGGAAGAUCUGUUCAGUUUGGAAUCGUACAUGGUUUCGUGCGAAGACGACGCCGAGGCGAUGAAGCGUGAAUUUCCCGACGCGAUACGUGAAGGCGACGGCGAGGAAGACGAGCAAGAACCAACGUUUGAAGAGGCUUUGGAGUCCGUGCGGGAUAAGUCUCAGCCGUACAAUUGGAUGUUGUGCACGCUUUAA